AUGGCGACCUUCUACACCGGUUCAGACUCAUCGUCACUAUAUAGCGAAGACGGCGACAGACCUGACAGCAAUCCGUUAGGCACACAAUUCCACCAUCGGUCGUCCUUCGAGCCUGACAUAGGAGGUUUGCCUUGUGACGAUGCACGAGACUUUGAUAGGACUUCUGCGUCAAAUACAAGGGGGCUCACAAGUUCAGGUCUAAAUGAUGGUCAAGGGUUGAAUCUGGAUGCUUCCGGCAAUUACACGCCUGUUUGCCGCUUGGAGACUCAACAAGAGGCUAGAGCACGUCGUUCCCAAAGCGUGACCGAAGAAACAUCUCUGCAACACCAUAUCUGGCGGGAUACUGCCCUAGAUGAGUCUAGAACAUAUUUGCAGCGAAUUCUGGCAGAGCGCGAUGCUACUAAUGAGGGCUCAAGCUCAGACGAGUCUCGGAUGCAACACCAGGUCAACGGGGAACCUAGUGCUCGAUAUGUAGCGCUCGCUAGUCGCAACAUGUGUUCGAUCAAUUCGAACGCCGGCUCUUUACGACACAGACGCGGAACCCUCUUGUCAACGACGUCGCUUAUUUCAACUGACUCUGGAGAGCACACUGAGGUUUCCUACCAAAUUGAUGGAUACCGCAACAUGCCCCAGGACGAUACGCAUACUUUAGAAACUACCGAGGAUAUCUUCCAACCGGUAACGCCGAGGCCUCGAGCGUUGACACUUUCAGACACUCCCUCUGAACUGCAUCUCCAUAGCUCCAGUUCACUUGCGUCAGACGGGUCAGCACACCAAUCUACCGCACUAUCAGGGCUCGAUGGAGCUGACGUGGAGUCUGGCAAGCUUUUGUCUACCGGAGCGCCCGAUCAACGGAUCCAAGGAUCAACUCGCUACUCGUCGCUCGCGGCACGACGUCAAGGACGGAUUGACUGGAGGCAUUGCGCCUUGUUGUCAUCAUCUGGGCGAAUGUACGGCCUUGGAGAUCUUGAAGAAGGAUACGUGGCCGGUCGCUAUGUGACAGUGACCAAGGAAGAUGCGCAACCAAAAAAAGAGAAGCGGAAAAGAGACGCAUGGAUGCGCGUAUCAUGCUUCUAA